AAAGGGAACAUCUUUCUCACACAAAGACGAGUACCCACUUGUAACAGCAUGCCAAUAGCACUAUACAUCAAGACAGCAUUGCCUCAAGCUAGCCAGAAACAUAAUUGACUGGCUAGAGCUUAAACUAUGCUUAUUUCUUUCUGAUAGGGACAAACACUACGAGCUCACAGCACUCUCUUCCUGCAGUUCAGAGAGCACAUUACUAAGCUAAGGCAGAGAGCAUUAAGUAGUAUAGUGAAUGGGAAGAAGCUGAAUGGUAAAAUAUUACAAACCUCUUAUCCUGCAACAGAGAGGAAACCUUAAAUGAAGAUGCUUAUAUACACAUUUAUUUUGCUACUGCUAUGUGUUACCGCAAUUAGCUUGGAUCUGACAUAUAGUCAUAGCGCUGUUCUGGAUGCCCAGGGUAAAUAUAAAAUAAGCUGGACCCACAAGGACAGUACCAUUACCUUUCUGGUUCAAGUGGAAACGCUGGGCUAUGUUGGAUUUGGAUUUUCACCAAAUGGGGCCAUGGCAUCUUCCGAUAUAGUUAUUGGAGGGGUCUACAGAGGAAAACCCUAUUUCCAGGAUUACUUUACAGAUAGUAAAAGAGUUCUUCACAGAGACACCCAGCAAAGUUAUCAACUUAAGUAUGCAAUAGAAAAUGGCACACACACUACCCUUGAGUUCAGCCGAGCUCUUCAAACCUGUGACCUGUAUGAUAAAAAUAUAACGGAAAGCACAAUACGAAUUAUUUGGGCAUACCAUGAUAAUGACAUUGAAGGCACUGGGCCAACCUACCAUGGGUCAAAUCGUGGUCAGAAGAGCUUACGCCUACUUAACCCAGAAAAAAAUGUUAUGUUUGAAGAAAAUCAGUCUUUCAGCUUUACACAUCAGAACGUUCCUAUUCCAUAUAAAGACACAACUUAUUGGUGUCAGAUGUUUAAGAUUCCAGUAAUGAACAAGAAGCACCACGUCAUUAAGGUUGAACCACUAAUACAAAAGGGUCAUGAGAGUCUGGUACAUCACAUACUACUAUACGAAUGUAAAAGAGAUGCGCAGGAUACUGUCCUUGAAUAUGGACAUGAAUGCUACCACCCCAAUAUGCCUGAUAUAUUUCUUACAUGUGAAACGGUACUAUAUGCUUGGGCUAUUGGAGGAGAGGGAUUCACAUAUCCACCUAAUGUUGGAUUGUCAAUUGGGAUGCCUGAAGACCCAACAUAUGUCUUAAUGGAAAUCCACUAUGAUAAUCCUUCUCACCAGGAAGGUUUAAUUGAUAACUCAGGACUUAAAAUGUAUUAUACUCCACACACAAGGAAAUAUGAUGCUGGUGUUUUAGAGGCGGGCAUUUGGGUUAGUCUAUAUCACAUGAUCCCACCAGGUAUGCCUGCAUUCAGCUCUGAAGGACACUGCACUGUGGAAUGUUUGGAAGAGGCUCUGAACUAUGAACAGCCAGAUGGCAUCCAUGUUUUUGCUGUCCUUCUUCAUGCUCAUGAAGCUGGGCAAGUGCUCCGAACUCGUCACUUCAGGAAAGGAAUUGAGCAGAAGUUACUUGCUUAUGACAACGAAUUUGAUUUCAAUUUUCAAGAGUUCCAAUACCUGGAUGAAGAAAGGACCAUCUUACCUGGAGAUAACAUCAUUACAGAAUGCCAGUACAAUACAAAGAGCCGACCCACAAUGACGUGGGGUGGUCUAAGUGCAAGAGAUGAGAUGUGCCUUUCCUAUUUAAUUUACUACCCCAAAAUUAAUCUUGCUCGAUGUGAAAGCAUCCCUGAAAUAAAUGAGCAACUUCAGUUCAUUGGUGUGAAAGAAAUAUACAGGCCAGUUACGUCCUGGCCUCUAAUAAUUAAGAGCCCAAAACGGUACAAUAAUCUAACAUUUCCAGAGGCUAUGAACACAUUUCAGUGGUCUAGGAAGAAAGGAAAUGCCUUCAAUGAACGAGUCAGGAAAAUGCCAAUAAAUGUGAGGUGUUCUAAACAUGAAAGUGAAGAAUGGUCGGUUAAUGGAAUGCUCAUAUCACCACCUGAAGUGAAAUCAUACACAGUAGAAGAAAAUGAAUGUGUCUCAUCUUUGCCGUCACUAUCAUCUUGUUCAGUGGCAAACACAGUCAGAAAUCUGGUGAUUGCAGCAAGCACGCUAAUACACAAGAUCUUAUAA